CAACACAACAUGAGUUGUUCCUGCGUGACAACACAACACAACAUGAGGGCAUUAAGAGCCCGCACUCCGCUCUCAUGUUCACUCCUCUCAUCUUUGGAUGCUUUCAUGUCCAGCAUGAAGGUUUUUAUGUUGAGUAGCACUGAUGUCUGUCAACUUAACUUGUGUUUAUUCAGUCGGCCUGCUUUCAUCUCCAGGAUGAAAAGCUGCCCUGAGAGCGCUAAUAAGAUGCUACGAGUCUGGCUUCGCUAAAGAAAACAGUCUGAAGGUCAAAGACAAGACGCAGCAGGAGCUAACUCGCUCGCUCGCUCGGCCGCACGCUAAGGCCGCCCAAGCCCCGCCCACCUCAGCCAGCAGUGACAUCACCCUCGUAAGCCCCUCCCCUCCAGCUGUUGUUGUGGCUCCUGUCAGAGGCGGACGUCGCUCCUCUUUGCCACCCAGCGAGCCGCACGUGCGUGACAGGUGCGUGUCAAGGCUCCGCCCACUUCCUGCCCACCUGAAUAAAAGCGCACCUUGCAGCCUCAGCAGCACAAAGUCUGCUGCUGCCCCACAAGUCAUCCUCACCUUUGACCUCUCCACUCAAGACAACCUCGCCCCGUCAUGGCCUCCAGCUUGUCACUGCGGGGUUACUCCGUGAGCCGCCAGCCGUCUUUCUCCUGCCGCUCCCUGAUGGACACGGGCCGCUCCCGCUCCCGCGCCUCCGUCUCCUUCUCCGCCGCCGGCCCGUCCGCCCGCUCGGCCUCCGUCGGCCACGACCUCAACAGCCCGACCGGUCUCCACCUCAACGGGCUGCACGGCAGCGACGAGAAGGAGGCCAUGCAGAGCCUGAACAGCCGCCUGGCCAAGUACUUGGACAAGGUGCACACGCUGGAGCGCUCCAACGCCGACUUGGAGUCCAAGAUCCAGCAGCUGAUGAUAGCGCGCGUCCCCAAAGGCCACGACCUGGACUCCAUGAUGGUUCAGGCUCAUGCGGUAGAGCAAGAGGUGAGGAAGAAGACCUUGGACAACGCCCGUCUGAUGUUGGAGAUGGACAACGCCAAGCUGGCGGCCGACGACUUCAGAGUCAAGUGGGAGAUGGAGCUGGUCAUGUGUCAGUCGGUGGAGCGAGACUGUGUGGCGCUGAAGAAAGCCAAGAUGGAGCACGAGCAGAUCAUCGCCUCGCUCAGAGGAGAUCUGGACAGCCUGAAGGAGGAGCUCUACUUCCUCAGGAGGAACCACCAGGAGGAAUUGGAGCAGAUGAAGUUCCGCAUCGCCAAAGACGAGGUCAACGUGGAGGUGGACUCGGCCGAGGGACCGGAGCUGGGAACCAUCCUGUCUGACCUGAGGAUCCAGUACGAGGGGAUUGUGAAGAAAAACAAGGAACAUGCUGAGCACUGGUACCGCAAGAAGCUGGAGGCGGUGCAGAACGACGUCAAGGAGAGCAACGAGGCCCUGAGAGGCGCCCGGGGCGAGCUGGUGGAGAGGCAGCGCUUCCUCCAAAACCUGGAAGUGGAGCUGGAGAGUUUCCACAAGCAGGUCGCCGCCCUGGACGGGAACUUGGACGAGACGGGUCUCAAGUACUCGAGCGAGAUGGAGCGUCUGCAGGUCACCCUCAACCAGCUGGAGGAAGACCUCUCGCAGCUCCGGCUGGACAUGCAGCGCACCAAGACCGACUACGAGCAUCUGCUCCGCAUCAAGCAGAACCUGGAGAUGGAGAUCGCCACCUACAGGCGUCUGCUGGAGGGCGAGGAAAGUCUUAAGGAAGUUCCUCCUCCACCAAAAAAGGAGCCCGAAGUUCGCACCAGGAAGAUCGUGAAGGUGGUGACCCAGACCAUGGUCAACGGCAAGGUGGUGGACGAGUCCAGCGAGGUGGAGCAAAUCGAGGAGACCAAGAAAUAGAAGGUUGUGUAGGAGACAAAAAUAUGAAAUAUAAUUCAGGAUGCUAAUACGCAGUAGUUGUGCAUGCUAACACCGACCUUGGAUUAGACUGAAGUACUUGAAGUAAGUAUUCGACAAAUAAUACAGAGUACCUCAACCAGAUUGGAAUGUCUUUGUGUAGGAUAGUUUACUUUGUUGUUGUGUUUCUUUGAAUAAAUGCUCCUU